AUCGGGAAGUGAUGUGAGGUUUGUGUGCCGGAGUAGAUCUGCCGUGCGGAAUGGCAGAAGGAACUUGGAACUUGGUAGGAAUCCAAGGCCCUGCAAUCGGAACCAUUUCUACAAUGGCUGAGAAACGAGCAGCAGAAUCAACGUAUACCCGGACUGCUGAAAAUGGCUCAUCACCACCUUGUAAGAAGGUGAUGAAGACCGACCGCCAGACUGGAAUGUCACCUCUAGUAGAAUUGAAAGAGAAGGCCAGUAGGUUUGGUUUGGACAUUCUCAGUGACACCUUUGCCAAGAAGAUGGAUGAACUUGAUCAGCUAGCUCCACUAAGAGAAGAAUUCAUCAUGCCUAAGAUGAAGGAAUUACCAGAUGUUGAUCUAUCUCUGGUUAAUAAAGAAGAUGAAUGUAUCUACUUCUGUGGUAAUUCACUUGGUCUUCAGCCCAAAGGACUCAAAUUCUAUUUUGAUGCUGAACUGGAAAAAUGGGCCAAAAUAGGAGUACACGGACAUUUUUGUGGUCAGAUGCCUUGGGCUUCCUGUGAUGAAGUACUUGCUACUGACAUGUCCAACAUUGUAGGUUGUAAAGAAGAGGAAUUGGCAAUCAUGAAUGGUCUCACUGUCAAUUUACAUCUAUUAAUGAUGUCCUUUUAUCGUCCUACAGAAAAGAGGCAUAAAAUUCUCAUUGAAUCAAAGGCCUUUCCCAGUGAUCAUUAUACAGUGGAAUCUCAAAUACGUCUCAAUGGAUAUGAUCCAGCAACAAGCAUUAUAUUCCUGGAACCAAGAAAAGGGGAGUAUGAUAUAAGAACAGAGGAUGUGCUUAGUGUGAUUGAGAAGGAAGGUGAUGGUAUAGCGGUCAUCCUACUUGGAGCCUUACAGUAUUACACCGGUCAGUUUUUUAACAUGCCUGUCAUCACAAAAGCUGGACAUGCAAAGGGUUGUUAUGUUGGUUUUGAUCUUGCACAUGCUGUCGGUAAUGUAGAGCUUCAUCUACAUGACUGGGAUGUGGACUUUGCAGUUUGGUGUACAUACAAGUAUUUGAAUUCUGGUGCUGGAAGUUUGGGUGGCGCUUUUCUUCACUCUAAACUGGCUCACACAAUAGAACCUAAGCUUGUUGGAUGGUGGGGCCACAAGUUUAAGAGCAGAUUCGACAUGAAUAAUGAGCUUGAACUAUCUCCAGGCAUCUCAGGAUAUCGCCUUAGUAACCCAUCCAUCUUUGCAGCUUGUCCCCUGAGAGCAAGUCUAGAUGUGUUUCGUAAGACCAGUAUGUCAGAGCUGCGAGCCAAGUCGGUGGUCUUAACAGGUUACUUAGAGUACCUGGUAGGUCAUUACUUUGGUAAGGACAGUCCCCAUAGGAAGAACAAGGAGUUUAUCACCAUCUUGACACCUUCUAAUCCAGAGGAAAGAGGUGCCCAACUAUCCCUUUACUUCUCCAUACCAAUCAACAGGAUACAUAGUGAGAUGGGCAAGAGAGGUAUAGUGUGUGAUGAGAGGAAACCCAAUGUAAUUCGCAUUGCUCCAGCUCCCAUGUACUGUAACUACUUAGAUGUAUGGCGGUUUAUUGAUGCUCUCCAAUCCAUUAUGGACAUUGCAGAGAAUCAACCUGAUCUUGACUCAGAGCUUGACUGAUGAAACCAUUCUUCUCUCAAACAUUCUUCAGGUAUCCUGCACAUAUA